AAAAGAAAAGAAAAAGAAAAGUUCAAAAUGAAGCUGAAUAAUUUAGUGCUUAAUCCUUUGAAACGUGUUAAACAAAAAAGAAUAAAGGAUGAAAACGAUGAAGGAACGUCCCAAGAGGUUAUAUUGCCUCGUGAAACUGGUAUCAAUCACAUAAAAUGUAAAGCCAUUAGGCUAAAAAAGAAUGAGGAACUACAAAGGGAAAAGAAAAAAAUCAAAAAGUUGAGGAGAAAAGCAAGAAUAGAAGCAAAUGAGCCGAAACAAGUUCCGCAUACAAUAGAAAGUUUAAGGGAAAAAGAUGAGACUAUGAUCUAUGGAGAUAUCAAUAGUGAAGAAAAUGAAGAAGUUAGAAUUGAUAUGGAACAUGAUGAAUUUGCUGCCUAUUAUAGGCAGGAAUAUGAGCCUAAGGUUUUAAUUACUUAUUCGGACAAUCCUCAUACAAAGACGAGAAUAUUUGGAAGAGAGUUGACUAGAAUCAUACCAAAUUCAACGUCGUUAUAUAGAAAUCGUUCCGGAAUAAAAAAAAUAGUUAAAAGUUGUGUACAGAAAAAUUUUACAGAUAUAAUUGUUAUCAAUGAAAAUCAGUGUAAACCAAAUGGUAUGUUAAUAAUUCAUUUGCCCGAUGGUCCUACAAUAAACUGCAAAUUAAGCAAUGUAAAAAUUACUCCUGAAUUAAGACGAAGUCACAAAGAAAUAACCGAACAUCGUCCAGAAGUUAUAUUAAAUAAUUUUACAACUCGACUGGGCCACACGGUCUCAAGAAUGUUUGGAGCUCUCUUUCACUACCAGCCUGAAUUUAAAGGACGAAGAGUUGUAACAUUUCAUAAUCAACGUGAUUAUAUUUUUUUCAGACAUCAUAGAUAUGAAUUUAACAAGAAAACAGGUAAGCCAAGAUUACGAGAAUUGGGACCAAGAUUUACCUUAAAGUUAAGGUAUUUGCAACAUGGAACAUUUGAUAGUAAAUAUGGUGAUUACGAAUGGACUAUUCAAGGUAGACGACAUCAAAUGGAAACUAGUCGAAGAAAAUUUUUCCUUUAAAUUAAUAUUAUCAAAGUUUUUUUAAAAUUUAU